AUGCAACUUGAAAUUCCCGUCACGCCCAUGGCCGAACCGCUCCAAGGGACGCCCACCAUUCCGUGGAUUGUUGAAGCACCACUAAACUCGGUCGAAGUUCUGGGGGCGAUACUGAAGCCGUCGCAUCCCUUCCAGAUCCAUACCGCCCACCACGUCCAGCGUCGCUUUGAUCGAGCACACGGCUCGAAGCCCUUGUAUUCCGAAUAUAUCCGUCUCCAAGGUCAGCUGGAGCGGAAUCGCGAGGUAUCGUUUAUUCGUGUGCCUGCAUCAGCCGAAAAAAUUCUCCGCCACUGGCUUAUGGGCUUCUUCAAGCCCGUUGUUCUGAAUUACAUAUCAAUUCCUUGGACAACAGGGCGGAUCCAGUGCCUAGCACAUCCGCGGGCGUUGGUGAUGAGUGACAGACCUGUAGCGGGCAUCUAUACAUACGAAAUCGAUCUGCCUACAAAAUUCCGGUAA